CAGUCAAGAUGACGGCCAUCGAGAGUAAAGAGGAGAUCAGCGACACAGACAGUGGCAUCAUUAUCCACUCUGGUUCAGACAGCCCCACUUCACCGGUGAAGGACCUGACCACCCACACCAGAGCUCUGAAGCUGAAGCACCAGUCUCUGGAGGAGCGUCUGGAGCUCUGUCUGCUGGAGCUCCGAAAACUCUGCAUCAAGGAGGCAGAACUGACUGGAACUCUUCCCUCAGACUAUCCUCUAAUGCCAGACGAGAAGCUACCUCGAGUGCGAAGGAGAAUUGGAGCUUCAUUCAAACUGGAUGAAGAACUGAUCCUUCAGGAUCAGCAGGAUUCAGAAUUACAAGCGCUAGAGACUGACUUGGCGGUGCAGCGACAGAUUUACGAGGCGGUCCGUAAGCUUUCCCUCGAAGACAACCUCACAAAACCUCAGAAGAAGAACAGGCUGCAGCAGUGUAAAAGAGAAGAGAAGAAAGUGAAGGAUCUGCAGGAGGCAGUGUUUCAGCACAGAAUCAAGAGUGGGUGCAAUUCACCAUCUGUCUCCGUCUCAAGCAGCCAAAACAGAGAUAUGUGCAUGUCUGAUGACAGUUCCCUCUCUGAUGUGGUUGCUCUGGAUGACGAUUUGGACUCAUCAUUCCCCCUCUCACCUGCGGUGCUGGUCUCUUCCUGUUCAGACCCCUUCCAGAUGUCAGAUGAGACACUGCAGUCGUCCCAUGACUCCUCAGGGCAGACCGGUGUGGAGUUUGAGCGCUCCCCCAUCCAGAACUCUCCAUGGAAGGAGUCCAGUCUGGACCAGCCAUACCAAAGGGCCACAAAAAUUCAGUCUCCCAGCAGAAGCAGGUCCAGUAGUCCAGCAGGAACGCAGGUGUCUGCAGAAAGCUGCAGGAUUCCUCUCACUCAGUUUGUCAGGAACUCUGCGUUGCGUCACACUCACUCCACCAGUGCCCCCUCCACCCCAGAGCUGCUGGUUCGCCGACAGUACUCCCAGUCUUUCAGAUUUCCCAAAAAAAAGCUGUUUGCUGAUGUGGAGCACCUGAGCUCAGGAAGCAGUCGUGGACGAGCCGGGCUGCCUCAACAGCGCUGCAUGCCAAACUUCACUGUCCGUUCUCCAGAGUAUUCUCCACCACAUUCUUACCAGACCAGCUCAGUGGACAGCAGCUCAGGGCACUUGUCCUCCUUCAUCUGCUCUCCUGUAAGAGACAGACCCACUGAUAUCCCUAAGCUCUGCCCCCCACCUUACGGAUUUCACUUUGGGGCACAAAAGAAAGAACUCUCCAUCUUCUCCGGCCUCCACAAGAGCACAAGUCAGCCUCAGUCCAGCCCUGCCCAUGUCAGAACCACACCAAAGGACGAUCCCCUCUCCCCACAAGACCUGGACAUGGGUAAAUGCUUCCUGUCUGCCCCUCCAGUCACUCGCAGACAGCAAAGAAGAGCUUCCUCCCCGAGGAACACCCUAAAUCCCCCUCCGCCUUACACUAAACUAGUGCGGACGCCUUCACUGAGAGAUUACCCCAACCAUGCCGUCAGGAUGAUGCCCCGAGACAUCGUCUCAGAGGAGCUGAAGUCUUGGCAUCAGCGGAAUCAGCUGCAAAAGUUAUGGCCCAACUGUGGAGAACAGCAGAGCUCGCUGAGCGUCACAAGCCCCACUUCACCUCACCUGCCCACAUUUGAACAGGGUUCAGGAAAUGUGAUCCUCCAGAGAGCUGCAGACGGGACUCCAGUCCAGUGGUUUUUGGCCGAGGAUGCUGAAAUUGUGAGCCAGGUGUAA